CAGUGUGACAGUGACAAUAAAGAUGCAUUGUUAUUAUUAGAUUAUUUCUUCUUUUAUUAGAUUAUUUUAGUUCUUCCUCUUCAACUCGCCCGAGGCAUACCCAUUACCCAAAUGUUACCCAAGGAUAUUUUUCUUCGCCCCACUUCAUUCAUAAUAUGAGUUAGGAUGUAUAUUUUUGGAAAUAAAUUCAAAAAACAUGGGAGCCAUAAUUGAGGGGCUUAUUUUCAAACAAUUUUAAGUAAGAAAACAUGUUGUGAACCACAAAUUUCGGAGUUGUUUGAACCAAUAAACAAUAUCUUGAAGUCCAAUAAAAACCAUCAUAAUGGAUUACUUCUUCAAAAAUCUCAAGCAAAAAUUAUCUUUCGAAAAUGCUCAAGAAUGUCUAACGGAUGAUCAUGAUUUUGACGUGGCUAUUUCCGGAGAAGAAAAGGAAAAUGUACGUGAAGACGUUUUUACGAAUGUUUCUACAGAACAGGAAGAUAAACCUCAUGAAGGAGUCUUGUAUAAGCCAAAUGAGCCGAUUACAUUUUCAAGUCAGUCCGGGAAGAGCAAUCCAACACUGGAUACUGCCUCAAGCCAAAAGACAGAAGAGCCUAAAGCGCCCGAAAAGAAAAAAUCAAAUCCCGCUAUAGACAUAUCUGUACUGUUUUAAUAAAACUAUAAAUUCCAACCAA